GUUUGUAGUGAAUUUGCUGCGAGUGAGUUCAAAGCGCUGCAACGUUGUAUUCUACUCGCUGGUUUGCAGAACUGGUUGGCUGCGUGUAAUUCCACAGUCCUAUAGUGCAGGGUGCUGUCAGGAAAUGUGACAGCCAUGGUUUCCAACGAGAGUGACGGGGCUGUUGAAGGGUUUCGCGGCUACUUAACAAAACUCCAUUCGCUUCUCGACGACACAGAUACAAGGAAUGCUGCCCUACAAUGUCACGAUAUUAUUGGCGACUUGGGGCAAGACUGCAUGACUACAAAGACUGAGAACGAGCUGGUUUUGCAGAUAUCAUUACUGUUCUCCAAAGAAGAUGGAUUGCUUAGCUUUCUACGAAAGUCCCUCAACAGCAAGGAACUUACAGAUGCCAGAGUGGAGAUCCUCAUUCUCUUGGAGAAAGUUCUUCAGCGAUUAUCUCCGAGUGUUAAGGGUUGGGAGAAGAAUUAUGCCAUAGAUAUCAAGGAUACAUGCCUUAUCGUCUAUACAAAGGACAAGGCAGCAAAAUGUAGAGCACCGGCAUUGGAGCUUCUGAUCAAGCUCCUUUACAUGACUAAGGACUCCUGCAUAAUUCAAGACUUCAGUGUUGGUGACAUGUUCAACAAGUUUUAUGGUGAGCUUUGUCAGAAGAGUAAAAUACCUGACACAGUGCUGGGAAACAUCUAUGAACUGCUUGGAGUGCUUGGUGAGGUACAACCUGUUGAUAUGAUCAAUAACACUGACAAACUCUAUAAGGCCUACUUGGGGGAGCUGAGAUCUCAGAUGAUGUCAUCUACAAAGGAACCCAAGCUACCACUGGUGGCUGGAUGCCUAAAAGGAAUUACUGCACUUAUGGUUAAUUUCACCAAAUCCAUAGAGGAAGACCCCAAAACCUCAAAGGAAAUAUUUGAUUAUGCUCUAAAGGCAAUCAGCCCUCAGGUUGAAAUGAAACGGUAUGCAGUCACCUUUGCUGGGCUAAGACUGUUUGCAAAACAUGCUGCUCAAUUCAGCAGUUGCCUUAUGGACCACUACAGGACAGUGUUUGAUGUCAUGUCCAAAUGGUGUGGACACAGAAAUGCAGAAAUGAAGAAGACAAGCUAUUAUGCAUUGGAAGCCUUUUUCAAGCAGGUUGCUGCUUUGGUGGCUGAGGAUGUUGAGCUACACAAAAAUAAACUGAAAUUCUUCAUGCAAAAAUUCUGUGCAAUCAUCAAGACCAUGGAGUCAACACACAAGGAGCUCUCUAUUGCUAUUCGAGGAUAUGGGCUUUUUGCAGCUCCAUGUAAAGUUGUGUGCCCUCAAGAUGUGGACUUAAUGUAUACGGAGCUUAUCCAGCGCUGCAAACAAAUGUACCUUACUGAAUCAGACACAGAGGAGGACAACAUCUUUCAGCUGCCCAGCUUCCUGGACUCCAUCGCCAGCAUCCUCUUCCAUCUCGACAGGGUCCCAGAGGUGUACAGACCAGUGCUGGAACGCCUCUUGGUUGUUCAGAUUGACUGCUACCCCCAGUACAGUCAGAGGAUGCAAUCUACCUGCUGUCGCUCAAUUAUCAAGGUGUUGGUUGCCAUGGCAAGCAAAGGUCCAAUGCUCUGGAGUUUCAUUGCAACUGUGGUGCACCAGGGCGUGAUUCGUGUCUGGUCCAAACCUCCUGUUCUAAAUGAGGAGGAAGUUCCUUUUCAGUUUGGUACAAGGCCAAAUGAGGUGGCAGAAGAGGCAACCCAAAUGCGCACAGGGAGAUGGAAAAUCCCUUCCUAUCGUGACUACCUGGAUCUAUUUGGAGGUCUCCUGGACUGUGAGCAUUUAAUGGGCUCUGAAGUUUUGGAUGGGACUUUUCAAACACAGAAUGCUGCUUUGAAGUCUCUGAACCGCUUGAUUUAUGAUGAAAUGAUUAAAUCAGUCCUGAAGAUUAUCGACAAGCUUGACCUUUCUGUUCAGAAACUGAACCCAGUGGAAGAGAGAGAAGAUACCAACAGCAGCAUCAUUCCUUCCUCUGACCCCACGGACCAUGUCCUGCCAAACAGGCCCAAGGACUUCACAGCGUUCAUCAACCUGGUAGAGUUCAGCAGUGAGUUACUGUUGCAAAGACGUAUGGACUACUUCGAGCAGUGGGUUUACCCUUUCAGCUAUGAGCUCAUCCUUCAGUCCACAAGAUUUCCACUGGUCAGCGGCUUCUACAAGAUGCUCUCUGUCUCCAUGAAAAUAGCCAAGAGAAUCAAGUACUUCCAGAAUGUUGGCAACAAAAGCUUUGAGUCCAACCCUCAAGACACUGAGAAGUCCACUUGCUUUGCACUUUUUGCAAAGUUUGGAAAAGAGGUGUCCAUGCGGCUGAAGCGGUACAAAGAUGAGUUGCUGGCAUCCUGCUUAACCUUUGUGCUAUCCCUUCAUCAUGACAUGGUUGCUUUGGAUAUGACAACAUACAUUCCUGCCCUUAAGACUGCAUUCAAACUGGGCCUGAGCCAUGCCCCUCUGGCCAAUGCUGCACUGGAUGCUUUGGAGGAAUGGUCCUGCUGCAUUCCCCGGCACAGCAUGGAGCCAUAUUACAGGGAAGUCCUGCCCUGCCUGGACAGCUACCUCAAAACAGCCGCUCCAACUGAUGAGGAUAAAAACAGCUUGGAUGUGAAGUCUCUCUCCUCUGGAGAAGAGAAGGGAUACAGCAAAAUCCUGAUGAGGUUACUGAAGAGGUCCAAGUACCUGGCAGUGGGGGAGGAAAGUCCCAGUGCGCUGGUUCGUUGUAGGGUGGUGCAACUGUUGGGGCACCUGGGGGGUCAACUGAACAGGAACCUAGUGACAGCCACAUCGUCUGAAGUAAUGAUGAAGAGAUUUGUUGCUUGGGACUCUGAAAGGAGACUAGGUUUUGCAGUGCCCUUUGCAGACAUGAAGCCGAUCAUCUACCUGGACACCUAUCUGCCCCGCAUCACAGAGCUAGCCCUGUCCACAAGCAAUAGGCAAACCAAAGUGGCAGCUUGUGAGCUUCUCCACAGCACAGUGGUGUACAUGCUGGGUAAGGCUUCCCAGAUCCCAGGUGGGAAAAACGCCACCCCUCCCAUGCAUAACCUUCACAAGCGAAUUUUCCCAGUGCUGCUCCGCCUAGCAUGCGAUGUUGACCAGGUAACAAGACAGCUGUUUAAGCCCCUUGUGAUGCAGAUCAUUCACUGGUUCACCAACAACAAAACGUUUGAAAGUCAGGACACAGUGCUGAUUUUAGAGGCCAUUCUGGAUGGGGUGGUAGACCCAGUGGACAGCACUCUCAGGGACUUCUGUGGUCAGUGCAUUCAGGAGUUUCUAAAGUGGUCCAUUAAGCAGACCACACCCAAGCAGCAAGAGCGGAGUCCUGUGAACAUCAAAUCUCUGUUCAAGCGCAUCUACAGCCUUGCUCUACAUCCCAGUGCCUUCAAGAGACUGGGAGCUGCUUUGGCCUUCAACAACAUCUAUAAGCUGUUCAGGGAGGAGAAAACCCUGGUGGAACAGUUUGUCUUUGAAGCUCUGGUCAUAUUUGUGGAAAGCUUGUCCUUGGCACAUUCUGAUGAGAGGUCUUUAGGAACAUUGCAACAGUGUGCUGAUGCCAUUGACCACUUGAAGAGAAUCAUCAAAUAUAAUUCUGCCUCUCUCAACCAGACCUCCAAGAGACGAAUUCCUAGGGGUUUCCCUCCAGACCAAAGCGUAUCUUUGUCAGAUGUUGUCAUGUGGAUCUUGCUGCAAUGUGGGCGUCCUCAAACCGAAUGCAGACACAAGUGCAUGGAACUCUUUUACGAAUUUGUGCCCUUACUACCAGGUAAAAAAAACCCAGCAGCCUGGCUUGAGGAUCUGUUGAAGCAAAAGGGUGUGGACUUCCUGAUCCAUAGAUUCGAAGGUGGGGGCCAUGAAAACCAGAGUGUUUCAGGGAUCCUCUCCCAGGCCACCCUUUUGGAAUAUGAAGGUCCUUUCAGCCUCAAAGCCACACUCCAGUGGUUUGACUUGUUUCUUGCUGCACUGGACUGCUACAACACUUUCAUUGGGCUUCACCUAAUCAAGCCCUGUGAGAUCCUCGGAGUUAAGAAGUCGAGGUUUUUACAGGCUACACACUUCUUCAUAAAUCAAAUGGCCAUGCAGGAUCUUUCAGCAGUUGAGAAAUGUUUCUCUGUGGAACACAAGGGCUCCAUUUUUAGCCCCAAAGAAAGACAAGACUACAACUAUAGCAAAGGAACCAUCAUUGUACGCUUGAUGGAGUUUGUCACAAUGGUGCUGGAUAAGUGUCAGCAAAAUGUCUGCAAGCUUCUUGAAAAGGAUGUCUUGAAUUCUACAUUUUUUGAACUUGUGGCCAUGACGGUUUGUGAGCCAUCAAACAUUGGCUUCAACAUGGCAGACAUUGAAGUGAUGACCAACCUGCCAGAGGUCUGUGUGCCUCUCCUGAAGGCCCUGUCGACAUCGCCUUACAGUGAGCAAAUGAAGAGCAGCAUAACAAAGAAGGUUUCUCCUGAAAGUGUUGAAGAGCUGUGUGAUAUGGACCUAUAUGACCCUGAAGCCCAAGUAGGUCAUGCAAGACUCGGGUUGAUGCUCUCUGCCUGUAAGCAGCUGCACAGAGCCGGGGUUCUCAACUCUACACUGCACAGCCAGGAUACCAGUCUUGGCCCAUCCCUUGGAUCCAGACUUCUCUCUGUGGUGUACAAGGGGAUUGCCCCCAGUGAACAGAGGAAGUCUCUCCCCUCCAUAGAUGUGGGUAGCAGGAAACUGGCGGAUGGGCUACUCCAGCUGGCUCUCUCACUUGGAGGACAGAGUGAGCCAUUAGUGGACUUGCUGCUCAAUACCACCGUGCUAUCAGUACCUCUGCCAGGAAGCUGUGAUCGGAACUACAUCAGUUUUGGACAUGGGGAGUACUUCUACAGUCUCUUCCAGACUACCAUAAAUUCAGAGCUUCUCAGGAACCUUGAUGUCACUGUGCCUUUACUCAUGAAGUCAGCUACUAAUAACUCCAGCAUGGUGAGCACGCUGCUGAAUGGUAUGCUUGAUCAAAGUUUCCGGGAGCGAUCGUUGCAAAAGAGCCAGGGCUGCAGGCUUGUUGAAUGGGUUCUGAAAAGUUGGAUCUCCCUGCAGCCAUGGUGGGCCGGUGCCAGUUCCUCUCCAGAGAGCAAGAUGGCCACCCUAACCCUGCUCUCCAAAGUACUGCAGAUAGAUUCUGCCAUAUUUCUUGACACUAGCAACAAAGGAUUUGAAGCAGUAUUCUCCACAUACAUCACACUUAUCACUGACACUGUGUUGCCAUUGAAUCUCAAGAGUCAUGCCUUGAUCAUUCUGCCGUAUUUCACCACCCUCCCGGAAGAGCAACUAAUGGCACUUAAGAAAGCUUUGGAGGUGCUUGUGGCAUCCCACUUCCCUAUGCAGUCUGAUGAGUUUCCCAAGGGCUCUCUGCAGUUCAACAACUAUGUUGACUGCAUCAAGAAAUUUCUAGAUGCGUUGGAGCUCUCCCGGAGUCCUAUGCUGUUGAAAUUAAUGGCUGAAGUUCUCUGCCGCGAUGAGAGGCACGUCAUGGAGGAUUCAUUUCAGACGACUUUUAAAAGAAUUGCAAAACGGUCAAGCUGUGAACAACAGGUGUUGCUGCUUGACACAGUCUACAGAACAUUCCAGCUGGGAGAUCUUCCCUCCAGCAGCAUGUACCAAGCAAUCCUUGAGCGGGUGCUGCUCACCCUCAUUCUGCAGUGUAGUACCGAUGCCCUCAGACAGUUCUUCAUCGCUAGUAUUGCAGAAAUCAUGACAACUCUGCAGGCCCGAUUUAUGAAGUCAAAUGGACCUGCGUUUGAGGUUCAAAUAAUUAAGAAGAAAGGCUGCUACAAGCUGCUGGAAGUGCUGUACUCACACCUUCCCAAAGAGGAGGUCUAUUCCAAGGACUCAAAGAUCAACCAGGCCUUUUUGGGGAAGGAAGGAAAAGUGGAAGGAAAUGAACUGUCAAAGACCUUGCUGAAAUCUUGUUUUGAGACUUUUACAGAGAACAUGGCAGGAGAGACCCAGCUUUUGGAGAAAAGGAGGCAGUAUCAUUGUGCUGCCUACAACUGUGCCAUCGCUGUCAUCAGCUGCAGCUUCAAUGAGACUAAGUUCUACCAAGGGUUCCUCUUCACUGAGAAGCCAGAGAAGAAUCAAUUUAUACUUGAGAACCUCAUUGAUACACAGAAGACAUACAGAUUCCCUGUAGAAGUUGAGGUUCCACUUGAGAUGAGGAAUAAAUUUGUGACGAUUCGCAAAGAAGUUAGUGAAGAGAAAGAAGAAGAACCUCACUACCUGUCCACACAGUCGUACAUGACCAGCAGCAGCCUGAGUGAGGAAAUGAGCCAGUUUGACUUCUCCACAGGCCUCCAGAGCUUUUCUUACAGCUCAGAGAUCAAUACCAGCCAAAAGACAACUAACAAAAGAAGGGAACGAAUGGAGGAGGCUCCUCAGAAUGAGACGGUGGAGCUGGAGAUGGAUGAACUGAACCAGCAUGAGUGCAUGGCCACCAUGACUGCCCUGAUUAAGCACAUGCAGAAGAACAAUAUCACCCCCACAGUUCAGCAGGGCACAGUACCCACUGAACUCCCACCCUGGAUGAAGUUUCUCCAUGGAAAACUGGCAAAUUCUUCAACUCAGUUGAAUGUCCGACUCUUCAUUGCAAAACUCAUCAUAAAUACAGAAGAGGUUUUCCGUCCAUAUGCCAAGCUCUGGCUGGGGCCUUUGUUACAGCUGGUGGUCUCUGGAAAUGAUGGAGGAGACGGGAUUCACUUCAUGAUUGUUGACAUAGUUGUCACUGUUCUGUCAUGGACAAACCUGGCCACACCUAAGGGUAACACUAGAGAUGAAGUCCUUGCCAAUCAGCUGUUGGAGUUCCUUAUGAAGAACUGUUUUCACACAAAAAGAGCCAUCUUCAGACACAACCUGGAGAUCAUCAAGACAGUGGUGGAAUGCUGGAAAGACUGUCUAGUGAUGCCUUACAGGUCGAUAUAUGAGCGUUUUUCUGGGACAGACCCCAACAGUAAGGACAACUCAGUGGGGCUUCAGUUGCUUGGGAUAGUACUGGCAAAUAAUCUCCCUCCUUAUGACCCCAGUUGUGGAAUAGAGCAUGAGAGAUACUUUCGGUCCCUGGUCAACAAUCUCACCCUGCUAAGAUUCAAGGAAAUCUACUCAGCAGCUUCAGAAAUAAUUGGCCUGACCAUGCAAUACAUGGCCGAGAAGGAAAGGCAGUCAGAGGGACUCCUGUUUGAUCUUACGGCUAGUAAGCUGAAGGAUCUUAAGAAAGCAGAAAAGAAUGACAAGUUCAUCAUUUGCUUGAGUAAAGUGUCCAAGCAUUUUCCCCAAGUCAUGGAUCGAUUUUUGAACCAGGUAUUUUUUCUGUUGCCAAAGAUGCAUGGCAUUCUGAAGACACAUUGUCUGGAAUGUGUGCUUAGCCGAGCCAGCGAUAUCCCAGAUAUCUACUUAGAGCUGAAAAACAAAGACCUUGCCCAGGUUAUGGGUCACAGGGAUGAGGCAAGACAGAUGGUCUGUCUAGAUAUUGUCCAUAAAAUCUUGGUAAAGAUGACACCAGAGGAAGUCAAGGAGAUUCUGGGUGUGAUUACUUCCUUCAUUACCCACCCCUCCCCAGUGUGCAGGGAGAGAAUGUAUGACAUUCUCAUGUGGAUUCAUGACAACUAUAGUGACAAUCACAGUCAGUCUGACCACACAUCAGUAGAAGUAUUCAAUAAAGCAAAGGAAACUCUACUUCAGGGAUUUUUGGAUGAAAACCAAGGACUUCAACUAUAUGUGCACAACUUCUGGAGCCAUGAGAGACGCUUGCCUGUGACCACACUAGAACGCAUGCUUGUUGUGCUGCACUCGCUUUAUUCCAAUCGGACUGAACAGCGAUUCCUCAGCUUGGCCACCAACCUGCUUCUGGAACUGACCAGCCGCAGCCCAGAUUAUAACCGUGCCAUGUUUGAGUAUCCACUCUCUGAGUGCAAGUUUCAGGACUAUGUAAUUGACUCCAGCUGGCGACACAGAAGCACAAUCCUCACACCCAUGUUUGCAGAGACCCUAACAACGCAAGAUAGCUCUCAUUCACGGUCUCAGGAAAGUGCCAUGUCUCCAAGUGUGAACAUCAGAGGUCCGCUAAGGGUGACACAGGCCACACUGGAAUUUACCCCAACACAGACGGCAGGCAGGCGUAAGGCCUAUAACUGGCUGACUGGUUGCAGUGUGGACACUCUAGCGGAGUACUCCAUGCCUUCCUCUGACUCCCUCUCCUCCUUAAUGGUUUUUGGAAAGAAGACAGAUCAACAGCAAGUCAGGAAGGCCAUGGGGGCUGAUUUUGGCAGAAAACACCUCUCAACAGAUGAAGCAGACAGUAGGACUAGUGUCUUGCGAGAACAGCGUGCUGAUAUACUGAGGCUGAAAAGAAAGUUCCUAAAGGACCAUGAGAAAGCCAGCAUGAAAUUUGCUAGGAAGGAGAUCUUUGAACAGAAACAAGAGAGGGAGAAGGUGGCGGAUCAGAAGGUACAGCGAGAUGCCCAAGUUACCUUGUACCGCAACUACAGACUAGGAGACCUUCCCGAUAUCCAAAUCCAGCACAGCAGCCUUAUUGCCCCCCUUCAAGCCCUAGCACAGAGAGACCACACUCUUGCUAAGCAGCUCUUUAGCUCUCUGUUUGCUGGGAUCUUGUUGGAAAUGGGAUCUAAAUCUGCAGAAGAGAAGCAAAGAAUCACUGAACAACUUCAAGAGGAUAUCAACAACUUCCUGGCCAAGAGCAUGAUUUACUUUCCUCCCUUUGUUGCAUGUAUUCAGGAAAUUAGUUACCAACACAAGGAGCUUCGGGAGGUGCAGCCUUCAGGGGUAAGCUCCAGCUGUCUGGGCAGCCUGCAGCAACCUAUGGGUAUCCUACUUUUGGAGGAGAGCCUGCUGCGCGAAUGUAUCUCUGAUGAGCCCCCUGUAAAGCGUGCUCGUAUGCACAAGCAGCUUUCUCCUGACACAGAACGCUGGAUCCACCUCGCCAAACUAUAUAGGUCUUUGGGGGACUAUGAUAUUGUGCGAGGUAUCUUCAGUGGCAAGAUUGGGACCAAACCCAUCACCUGUGCUGCCCUGCAGGCAGAAGGAAAAUGUGACUUUGCUGAAGCAGCAAAGCUCUAUAAUGAGGCUUUGAACACUGAAGAGUGGAUGGAUGGCGAGCCCACUGAUGCAGAGAAGGAUUUUUGGGAGAUUGCUGCCCUUGAGGCCUAUAGUCAUCUGACUGAAUGGAAAUCUCUACAGUAUUGCUGCACCGUCAACAUAGAUGAUAGCGUUCCCAUUGACCUGCAGAAGAUAUGGACCAACCCCUUCUACCAGGAAGUCUAUCUGCCUUAUCUGAUGCGCAGCAUGCUGAAGCAGCUGCAGCUGGGGGAACAGAACCAGUCUUUGCUAAGCUUUGUGGACGGCGCCAUGAAGGUGGAGGAGAGGAAGAACAUAAUGGAAAGCCAGUACAGCCAGGAGCUCAGCCUUCUCUACAUCCUGCAAGAGGAUUAUGACCGUGCCAAGUACUAUGUUAACAACAGCAUGCAGGUUUUCAUGCAGAACUACUCCAGUAUUGAUUCCCUCCUGAAUGAAAGCCGUCUGAUAAAACUUCACUCAGUGCAGGCUCUGACAGAGAUACAGGAUUUUCUUAAUUUCAUCACAGGAGAUGUGUCACUGAAUUCUCUCAAGAAUGUAAUAAGAGUUUGGACUGAUCGAUAUCCUGACACCAAAAUGGAUCCAAUGAAUGUGUGGGAUGAUAUCAUAACAUCACGUUGUUUCUUCUUGGAUAAAAUUGCGGCGAGGCUGACGAGCUCAGUCCCCAGUGAUUGCAUGGAAGUGGAUGGCGAUGGAGCUGCUGAAGUAAAAACAGAACCAGACCGCCCAGAGGAUCUGAGCACGCUGAUCAAGAAUUGCAAAUUCAGCAUGAAGCUGAGGAUGGCAGACAGCGCAAUGAUUCAGAAUAACUUCUCGGUGGCAAGUAAGAUUCUGAAGGAACUGCACAGGGAGGCAAAAACACAGAGCAACUGGCUGCUGCAGUGGGUCCACAGUUUCUCCCGUUUCAGCCACAGGCGCUGCCAGAACCAGAGCAGUUCAGAACAAAUUCUGACUGUUCUCAAGACCAUCCCGCUGCUCGAGGAAAUUCAGAUAGAGUGUCAGAAUUCACACAUUUAUCAGGACCAUCAAAUUUUACUGGGAACUACUUAUGAUAUAAUGGCAUCCCUCAUGAGUAAGGACUCAACUGUUUUGGAGAGCAUUGGGAAUGACAAGGCAAAGAGACUAGUGGAGCUGUCUGGAUUGUCCUCUCCUUCCCAUCAGCAGGUCAUGGUGGGGCUACAGCAAAGAGCUCUGGAGUUUCUGUACAGUGCAGUAAAGAAGGUUGAGGAGGAGGUACAAAUCAGCUCUGGGGAAUGUGUGGACACACCUGGGGCUGUUGAAGCCUACAUGGCCCUGGCCAAUUUCUGUGACAAAAAAUUGCGUCAUGAGGAACAGAGUGACCAUGUUUCUGAAUUCCCUGAGCUGACAACAUUCCCUGCCAUUGUGGUGGAAAUGUUGUUGAAAGCCCUAAAGAUGAACUCAGAAGAGGCUCGGCUGAAAUUCCCUCGACUCUUACAGAUUAUUGAGCUGUACCCUGGGGACACCUUGAAUCACAUGGCCAGAAAGGUAUUGACAGUGCCUUGCUGGCAGCUUAUCGGUUGGAUCAGUCAGAUGAUGGCACUGUUGGACAAGCAGGAGGCAGUGGCGGUACAACAGGUUAUCCAGGAGAUUGCAGAGUUCUACCCACAAGCAAUCAUCUACCCCUAUAUGAUCAGCAGUGAGAGCUAUGACUUUGAGGACUCUGCUAGUGGGCACAGAAACAAAGAGUUUGUCACAAGGCUGAAGGAACUGCUUAAUAAGGGGGUUGUUGUGAAAGACUUCAUUGAUGCCUUGCAGCAGCUCACAAAUCCUGAAAUGCUUUUCAAGGAUUGGUGGGAUGAUGUAAAGAAUGAGUUGAACAAACCAAAGACAGACAGUGAGAAGAUGAAGAAAAUGUAUGAUGAAAUGUACUCCUCUUUGGGUGAUCAGAGAGCAGAAGGCUUCGGAUCUUUCCGCAAGCGGUUCAUAAAGAGAUUUGCCAAAGAUAUAGAGCAAGCGCUAGGAGUAGGUGGCUCAAAGCUGUUUGAAAAGAAGAACAAUAAGACCUGUUUGAAGUCAGUGGAUGAGCUGCAAAACUCCAUGCGCAAAUUCCAGAAGGAACCAGGAAACCUGAAAGAGUAUUCCCCAUGGAUGAGCAGUUUCAGAGCAGAAAUGCUGAGGAAUGAGCUGGAGAUCCCAGGGCAGUAUCAUGGCAGAUCCAAACCUUUACCUGAGUAUCACACAAAGAUCGUUGGAUUUGAUGAGCGGGUGAAGGUUAUGGCAUCCAUUCGGAAGCCUAAAAGAGUUAUCAUCCGCGGGGAUGAUGAACGUGAGUACCCCUUUUUGGUGAAGGGCGGGGAGGACCUCCGGCAAGACCAACGCAUUGAGCAGCUCUUCAGUGUCAUGAAUACAAUCUUGUCCCACGAUGCCAGCUGCUCUCAGAGGAAUAUGGCGCUCAUAACCUACCAAGUAGUCCCUAUGACAACCAGGAUUGGUCUCAUUGAGUGGAUGGGGAACACUUGCACAUUAAAGGAUUUCCUCUCUAGCAGGAGGACUGAAGAGGAGAAACAGAAUGCCAUGAGACCAAAUGAAACCUAUGAGAAUUGGCUCAACAAAGUGGCUGGAAAAGUUGAUGGAAUUCAGCGAUAUACAGAAACAUACAAGAAAGCAAGCCGCCAUGAAGCUGUCACCAAUUUUAGGAAAAUGGAGCAUCUUGUACCUGGGGAUCUUCUGAGGAGGGCUUUCCUUAAAAUGAGCACUACACCUGAGGCCUUCCUUUUCUUGCGGUCACAUUUUGCAAGCUCCCAUGCACUUAUGUGCAUCAGCCAGUGGAUCCUGGGCAUCGGGGAUCGCCAUCUCUCGAAUUUUCUGAUCAACCUAGAGACGGGUGGCAUGGUUGGCAUUGACUUUGGCCACGCCUUCGGCUCUGCUACACAGUUUCUCCCAGUGCCUGAGCUCAUGCCAUUCCGCUUGACCCAGCAGUUCCUCAACCUCAUGCAGCCCAUGCGGGAGACUGGGCUCAUAAAAAGCACUAUGGUACACUCACUGAGGGCAUACAGGGCUAACCCAGACCUGCUGCUAAACACAAUGGACAUCUUUGUCAAGGAGCCCUCAUUGGACUGGAAGAACUUUGCACUGAAGCAGCUGAAGAAGGGAGGCACUUGGACACACAAUGUGAACACCAAAGAAAUCAACUGGUACCCCAUUCAGAAAGUCAACUUUGCUCUGAGAAAACUUGAUGGAGCAAAUCCUGCUGUUAUAACAAGUGAGGAGCUGAAACUGGGGUUUGAGAAGGAGCCAGCUUUCAAAGGAAUGUUGGCAGUGGCAAGAGGACAAGAGGAACACAAUAUCCGUGCCCGGGAGAGAGAUGAUGGGCUUUCUGUGGAAACCCAAGUGGACUGUCUACUGGACCAGGCCACUGACCCAAAUGUGUUAGGAAGAGUGUGGACUGGUUGGGAACCCUGGAUCUGAACUUGAAGCCCACUGUCAUCCUGAUUUCCAAACC